AUGCACUGCAGCGUCAAAAAACUGCGCGCAGGCAUCCGCCUGGCCGAGCAAGAUGCAGCAGCAUGGAGACAAAGGGUCGACGAAGCAUACUUGGUCGCACGAGACUGGUCCUCAAAAAUCUACGACAAGUCUGACAUCAGGCGGUGUAGCGAAGCAUGGGCGGCUCAUGAUCGAGCUGAUCAAAAGCUGUCUCGAUUUCAGGAGGCUAUCAGACUGUUGAACGAGAUGCUCGAGGAUGAACUGCUUCGCACUUCUGCUGGCGAUUCAAACUUUCCAUGGCCAGACAUUCAAGAGGUGGGCAUGUUUGUGUACGACGUUCUCACACUGGCUUUUGCCGUCUUCUGCUGGGUCCUCGUGUGUCUGCUUGGGCUCAACACCUCGACUUCGCCGGACUCUCCACGAGAGCAGACGCCACAAACACCACCACGACACGCCACCCCUCCACCAAAGUAUGAGCAACCAGCUCCGGCCUUUCAACCAAAUCCUCAAGACGCAAUAGUCGCCUGGCGCACCAAGGUCGAGAUGAUGUCGGCAGACUACGCAAGUCUGGAAAGCUUCCCCUCUCCACCGACCACCGUCCGAUGCACCAAUGCCAAGUGCCAUGCCGAACAACAUCGUGCACUCCCAGUCUGCGAGUGCAACGUUCGUGCGGCGUUUUGGCGGGUCCCGGGCCUCGAUCCGAUGGAGGAGCGAAGGACUUGGCAUCCGGACAGAUUUUCGGCAUGUGAGGCGGAUAAGAGGGAGAGGUUCAAGGCUAUGGCGAGGGAGAUGUUUGUGGUGGUUGAUGAAAUGUUUCGAUUGAGCUAG